AGUGCUCAAGUUAUCAUAUAAUAUAGCGUACAUUAUACAUUUUACGCAUUGACAUUUAAGAGGACAUAUACAUAUCGAAAUAUAAUCUUAAUUAUUGACCAAAAUUAAUUGUAAUUGGCUGGAGUAGCUUUCUAAUUUUGAAGUAUUACUGUGGAUGAAUUUUCAUCUAAGUGCUAAUUCAAAUUUAGUACAAUUUUUGUUAUUAAAAUUUUUUGGCCAAAUAACAUUUUAUUAAGCUUAAAGCAACAUUUUAUUAGAUUUUGUUUACGUUAAAAUAAUGCCAGUUUAGUUAUAUUCUAACGUUUUGUGAUUUAUAAAGUAGAAAGAAGUGUUAAAUAAAUUUUUAAAAGUUUAAAAAAAGAUUCUUAAUUUUAUGAAUGAAUUUUCAUCCAGAGUAAUGUUAAUAUAAGAAAAAUAUGAUUAGUAAUCUAGGGUUACGUGGUGAUAGAUGUCUCUCUCCAAUUUAAGAAAUGUUAUUAAUGACCUUCUAUAAUGUGAAAUUAUUUUCUAUUGUUUGUGAAAAUUAAAAUCGAAAUUAAAAAUACCUUCACAUUUGAAGAUAUAUAAUUACUUUCAAGUUAAAUACAUAGUAUGUAGAUAACCAUAUUAUUAUUGAUUUACUUCAAAAAUAUUAAUCACAUUAAGUAUAUCACAACAUUUGUUAGUUUGUCAGCGUUAUUCAAUUUUAUAUAUUUUAUAAUUUGAUUUUAAAUAUUUAAUAUUUAAAAUCAAAAUUAUCAAACUGUUACAAAGUCGUAUUUGCGCAUAAUGUCACUAAUUAAUCGAACAAUUUAAAAAGACAUCCAAUGCUGCAGCAAUUAAUUAAUACAAUUUCAAAAAGGAUAAACAAAAUUUAUACAUAAAUUUAUAAAAUAUAAAAUUAUAAAAUUAUAAAUAAAAUAUUGUAUCGAAUAAGCUGAAUAUAUUUUGAUCAGUGAUACAAAUUUCUAGUUAAAUUUAUAUAUCUAUCCUUCCAAAAUGCUCUGCGAAAAAACCUAGUUGCUUUUCUCUUUCAAUAAUUUUUUUUUUCUCUCAGUAAGUAACGCAAGACCGUAACCGAACGCUUUAAGCAUUAGGUGCGAAUUGGUUUGUAAUGUGAUAAAUUUUAUGUUUAUUAAUCUAAUAAUCAUUAUGUCUAGGCAACUCUUGUAGGAUCCUGUCAGGAAUGUAUGUUAUAAGAGAAUCAUGGGAUGAUGCCAUCUUGUGCAAAGAUUGUGUACGAUUAAUUCUGAAGGAAAAUAUCGUACGGUAUCCCGUACAUUUACGGAUAAAGUACCGUUAGUCGCGGCACACGAGCACGUAUGUGUAUGCAUCGUGUAUCAUGCGUACGCACACCUGUACGCGCGGGCGUGAUACACCGGUAAACACACGCGGUGUAUGUGUGUGGAGAGGAAAGAGGGAAUGACGGAAGAACGGCUAGAAAGGAGAACAAGACAGAGAGAGAAAGAGGAAUAAGAGCGUAAAACUGAAGGAAAAUAGAAAAAAAAAGUGAGAUCCGAUCGCCAGAGAAGAGCGGGAAGAUCAAGAGGAGACCGGUGGAGCUGACAAGUGUUGGGAGGAGGGGGGACUGGUGCUAUGUUGUACAGGUAUAUGGCGCAUCCAAGAGAGGUACCUAGAUGAUCAGUUAUCGAGGAAGAAACGAAGAAUGCAUGCCGAGAAGAGCAGGGACGGAUUGUCUGAUUAGAUAUUCAUGUUAAACUCCUCGAUAUAGACUCGAGCUGUGAAUAAAAUUGAAUAAUUUUUUUACAAAAACCAAAUUUAAAAAAUUACACUUUCAGGAAAUAACUUCUUUAAAUCGUUUAUUAUAUAGAUAUGGUGCUACUUGUUUUGUAAGUGACAAUUCAAAUUGCUGAUUUUAUCGAUCAAAUGAAGUUUUGUAAUGAAGAGAGCAACAGAAAUCACAGCUAGCACCGCCCCUGUCAGCAACCCCGUCCCCUCCAGAUCGUUCAUAAUGCUGGUCGACCAUCGGUCCUGUCUUAUUUCCUCUUUUCUUAUUCAACCUCCACAUUUCUCUCACCUUCCCAAGCCAUCGCUGUACGCCGGUGGGGAUUCGCACACCCUGACCCACAAGUAGACCCUGAUCUCUAUACAGUGUCCGUCGAACUAGCCGACGCAGGUGAAGUGGGCAGACGUUCGCACGACGCAACAUUGUGAACGUCGUUGAAUUUUUGACAGUGAGGAGAGACAGUUUGACGUGCACGUGAUCAGGAUCGUACGGACAAGACAGUGCGCCAAUCUCGGAAACAAGAUUUCCUUUUCUCUUUCUCUUCCUCAUUCCUUUAUCCUUAUCCUUACUGUUUCUCCCAUUCAAAGAAAUAAACGGAGACACCAGAGGGAAGCUGAAGAUGAUAUUGAGAGCUGCCCCCUGGGGCAUUGUCCUUCUGUUCGUGCUCGUCGGAUUAGUUGGUGGGCAGGAUGACGAUUCUUUAGCUAGUACCUUCUUGUCAGGUAAGACUUACGACUGACCGAAAUGUUAUGUAGAAAAAAUACUAUGUCUUUCUUUAUUUGAAGUUUGUAGAGGAGAAAAUUUAUCAGAGAACAACAAGAUUUUUGGUUUCGGAUAUUUCCUAUCAUGUUGUUGAAGAAUUGUCGUUUGAAGUGUAUUACUGAAAAGAUUCCAUAAAACCAAUAUUCGUAAAAAUACUGUAACAUAAUACAAUUGUUUAAAAUGAGCGUGAAAUUAAAGAUGAAAUCAGUGCUUCCUGAACUUCUAUCGAGAAGUUUUAUGUUACAUACAGGUUUAUGAUCUCUUACUGGUUUGUAAUCAUAAACUGCAAUGAUUGUGUGAAAGAUGAGAAAAAAUAUUUUCGGUUCAUAAAAACUUACGAUUGUUAUAUUUGAUAAAAUGCACUGUGUCCGACAAGAAAUGUUAUGUGAUAAUUAUACAGAUGUUUUAUCGGCCGCUUAUAUAUGCAUUCGCUUCUUAAACUCUUUGACGAGCACGGCCAAGAUUGCCGACUGUCCGGGUGUAUGCGUGCACGCGUUAGCGACGUUAAUGUGUGACGAUGUCCUCGAAGAUGUGCAGUGUCCCACGGUGAGUAUGCGGUGUUGCCUGCAGGAUCCAAUAAAUGGUACCGGCCUGUCCGAGAACGCGAUUGACGAUGAGGAGCUAACUUCGACCAUGUCCACGACAAUCAUCAAGUCUACGACGAUUUCUACGACACCCGCGACUACAACUACUACGAUGCUCAGCACGUCGACUUCCUUCACUUCGGCAAAAACUACACCGGAAAGCUACAAUGAAACGAGUGACAAAUCAACGAAAGCUUGCUCGGGUAUUUGCAUGGUUGAGAGAAUCGCUGAUUAUUGCGACGCCGUGCUGGUGAUAGACAGCCUCUGCAAGCCAGGAUACAAGUGCUGCGUGUCCAGGGACGCUUUUGGGGACUCUCCGCCACCUGAGCUUUUAGUGAUCGAUCGACUGAAUUCUUCUCGUUAUGACGAGAAGAACGGCAGCGGUGCUUUCAGCAAGGUCUCGUUCCCGUCAACGCGACCGAACACGUCGUUAUCAACAAGUGUCUUGGCGACUACCACUGUAAUUCCGACAACAAUGACAAUGAUGACGACGUCAACAGCGAUUACAGCUGUUACUAGACAGCCAUCGACGAUAGCGACGACAACCACGAAGCCAGAGCCGUUUAAGCCGUGCAAAGGAAAGUGCACGAGCGGUCUGCUCGCCCUCUUAUGCGAAAACAUUGAUGGAGACGCAGACUGUCCCCCCGAUGAUUCCGUAUUGACGGUUUGCUGCAUUAAUGAAUCAACAUCGCAACAAGCGGAAACGACUACGACAAUCCGGCCCUCCACAAAAGCUCCUCAACCAAAGCUACCACCGUGUCCUGGCUUUUGUCUGUUAACCCUUAUGGCAGCCUUUUGCGAGCGACCGAAUGUCAUUAUAGCUAAAACAUCGACCUGUCAAUCCGGCUCCAUCUGUUGCGAUAAUACGAAGAGUCCGCCGCAAACGCCAAGACCAAGACCGAGACCUACUUCGCGACCACCAACGACAGUAUCAUUACCACCGGACCCACGUCCAGACUGUCCCGCUUCCUGCAUCGUAUCUUAUUUAUCGUUUACAUGUUUCAGAAACGCUGAACUGACGAACCUAUUCAAGUGCAAGAAACAAGGACAUCAGUGUUGCGCGCCAAAAUCUCUGAUAAAAGAAUUCCUCGGUGGGAAUUCUACAGAGCCGAUUCUGACCAACAGAAAUGACACGUUACAUGUCACUUCACGACCUUAUAUCACUCCAAUCACCACGUCGUAUGAAACGACAACGGUUACUACCACCACCAGAAGCCCAGUGUACAGCAAAUAUGUUUGCGGCGUGAAAGGAACCUCCCGUGGUCCGAUUCAAGCGAGAAGUUCCGAGAGAAUCGCGCGUGUAGUAGGUGGUGAGGACGCGGACGCCAACGAAUGGUGUUGGCAGGUCGCCUUGAUAAAUUCCCUCAACCAGUACCUGUGCGGAGGCGCGUUGAUAGGAACGCAAUGGGUUCUCACCGCGGCACACUGCGUCACGAGCAUUGUGAGGUCCGGUGAUGCGAUCUACGUGAGAGUGGGCGAUCACGAUCUCACUCGUAAAUAUGGAAGCCCCGGUGCUCAGACCUUGCGCGUCGCAACGACAUAUAUUCACCACAAUCACAACAGUCAAACGCUCGAUAACGAUAUUGCUCUGCUGAAACUUCAUGGUCAAGCGGAACUUAAGGAUGGAGUUUGCCUGGUUUGCUUGCCGGCACGGGGUGUCAGUCACACGGCUGGCAAGAGGUGUACAGUUACCGGUUACGGAUACAUGGGUGAAGCUGGUCCUAUUCCUCUUCGAGUACGUGAGGCGGAGAUACCGAUCGUAAGCGAUGCCGAAUGCAUAAGGAAAGUAAACGCUGUCACUGAGAAGAUUUUCAUUCUACCAGCCAGUAGUUUCUGCGCCGGCGGUGAAGAGGGAAAUGACGCGUGUCAGGGUGAUGGUGGAGGUCCUCUGGUAUGUCAAGACGAUGGUUUUUACGAACUGGCUGGAUUAGUGUCUUGGGGAUUCGGUUGCGGUCGUCAAAAUGUUCCCGGUGUAUACGUAAAGGUCUCCUCGUAUAUUGGCUGGAUAAAUCAGAUUAUAUCGGUGAAUAAUCUUUAGCUUAUCUCUUACGACGGUCGAAUACGUCUAAUCUACAUAGAUUUAUUUAUUGACGGGACGUUGUACCUCCACGCGCUUGAUGAUACAUGUGCAUUCUAUAUACACAUUAGAAAUAUAAGAAAACAAACAUGUAGAGAUAAACACGGAAUUAGCUACGUAUUGACAUUACAAACGUACACACUUAUUAAUAUCAGAUAGCGAGAUUAAAUAAGAAAUGCAUAUAAUACAUAAUUUAUUUUGUUUUAAAAACUUUACUAAAAAACUUCUAGUUUUUAAAAAAUAAAAUAAAUAGAUCUUAUUCAAUCA